AUGGCCGCGAAACUUAUUGACCGACGACUGCAUAAUAUUCCAGGGAAGUUCAGGGUCGCAGAGCUGUUUUUUGAGGUUCCUCUCAACUACAGCCGACCAGGAGAUGGAACUCUGCGAUUGUUUGCCCGCAGUGUACGCCGUCUUGUGAAGCCAGUUGAGGCUGGAAAAGAUGACAAGAACCCUCCCACUCCCUGGCUUGUCUAUUUGCAGGGCGGCCCGGGAAUGGGUUGUCGCCCCCCGCAAGAGUAUGGCUGGGUUGGAACUGCAUUAGACAAAGGAUACCAGGUAUUGUUCCUCGAUCAACGUGGAACUGGCCUUAGUUCAACGAUCACAGCAGGCACUCUGGCCCUGCAAGGUAAUGCCAUCAAGCAGGCCGAAUAUCUGAAGCAAUUCCGGGCAGACAGUAUUGUAAGAGAUUGUGAAGCCGUGCGGAGAUGUCUCACCACAGACUAUCCUGAGGAAAAGCGGAAAUGGAGCGUUAUUGGCCAGAGCUUCGGCGGUUUCUGUGCUGUAACCUAUCUCUCCAUGUUUCCAGAAGGUUUGGCAGAGGCUUUCAUCUGCGGUGGACUGCCGCCCCUUGUCAACGGACCAGACCCUGUUUACUCCCGUACAUAUGAAAAAGUAAUUGAGAGGAACAAAGCAUACUAUGCUAAAUUCCCCGAAGACGUGGACCGAGUCAAGAAAAUCGUCGACUACUUGAAGCAAAACAAUGUCAGCAUACCAUCCGGGACGCUCACCCCUCAACGAAUCCAGCAGUUGGGUAUCAUGUUUGGCAUGCACGGUGGGCUUGAUAGCGUUCAUGAUCUGAUACUGCGCGCCGCGAACGAUUUGGAAGUUUUUGGAUUCCUCACCCAGCCUACUCUAGUGGCUCUCGAUAGUUUUGGCGGCUUCGACAGCAAUGUCAUUUAUGCUAUCCUCCACGAGUCCAUUUACUGCCAAGGAGAAGCCUCGAACUGGUCCGCAGAUAGGCUAAGGUCCUCGAACCCUGUCUUUAACACAGACACCAACGCUCCGGAAUUCUUCUUCACUGGAGAGAUGAUCUAUAAGGACAUGUUCGACUCCUAUGCUGAGCUUAGGCAAAUCAAAGAAGCAGCGCAUAUCGUCGCCACCACGACCGACUGGCCAGGACUUUACGAUGAAGCUCAGCUAGCGAAAAACGAGGUUCCUGUGUAUGCGGCAACAUACGUAGACGAUAUGUAUGUGCACUUCGAGCACGCAUCGAAUACAGCCGCGAAGAUCAAGGGAACUAAGCAGUUCAUCACGAAUGUGAUGUACCAUAACGCGAUCCGCAGCAAGUCGGAUGAGCUGUUCCAGCAGCUUUUUGCUCUAAGAGAUGAUACACUAGAUUAG